CAACGAGAGGGAUGAUGCAAACGGAGGCUGGACGAUGACGGACUUAGCUCGAAUUCAUGACGGGAGGAAUUAAGAUGGUGAUUCUCUGCCUCACUGUGUGGAACAGAUUGGAGACACUAAUUCUUCUCAGGAACACACAUCACAGUUUGUGCCCUGUUUGAUUAAUGAAAAAUGCUAUUAACAUUUUUGCUGUGUAUAUUGCUGUAUGUGUCCAUUUAAAAUAUGUACACCUGAAUUAUUGUAUAGACAGCAGACGGCUACGUUUACCCCAGCAGUUUGCUUUCGUCAGCUAUAUGUUCAGCCAUCCUUAAGGCACCACCAUGAGCUUGGGGGGGGCAAAGAGAGUGUGCGAGAGAGAGAGAUGGAGGGACGAAGGAGGGGGAAUAGCUGCAGGCAUUACUGAAUUACAGAAUCCACAGAGAGAGAGACACACAGUUACAGAGAGAGAUAGAAGCAUUCUGAAAACAGCAUCACUCUCUUUUAGACAGAACGACAGUGAACAGAAUAGAGUAGAGAGGAGAACAGAAUAGCGUGAUCGCACAAGCAUUAGACAGAAAGACAAAGAUGAGGUUGAUUAGACAGCAGUAAAAUUACCUGAGGGCAAAAUAAAAGAGGGGAUAGACAGAGUGAGGAAAAGAGGAGUGUGGGUUUUAAUCCUCUUGGCAUGCGAGUGUAUUCCUGGCUGUUUGGCACUGAGUGCGGUGGUCACCCUGUGUGUGAGUGUGUGCUGCAGAGUUUGUCGGUGGUGUUGGGACGCUUUAGACUGGAAUGUAUCUGAGUUAACCGCUGGGGGCUUUCGGGAAGACACCAUGCUGGGCAAGGAUUACAUGCUCGCCAUCAUCAUCGUCAACUAUGACGAUAACAUCUGGAAUGAUCAGAGUCUGGAGCUGGACUCAGAUCUGCCUCCAGGAUGGCGCACUAUUCGUGACAGUACUGGCACCUAUUACUGGCACGUGCCCACAGGCACCACACAGUGGCAGCAUCCCUCCUACAGCGCAGAGGAGGAACAAAAUGCCAUUAAUGGCAUCACUGCCAGCCAGAUCAAGACUACAGCAGAUGGCAGGCGGGAAUCGAGAGGCAGACUGACUGAAAACCCACUGCCCUCUCUAAAUGAAAGGCCCUCCUGGCAGGAAGAGUAUUUCUGUGCCAACAUGGAUCCUGACUCGAAGUGUUUUGCUGUGCGCUCGCUGGGCUGGGUUGAGAUCCCUGAGGAGGAACUGACCCCUGGCAAAAGCAGUCUGGCAGUGAACAACUGCAUCCAGCAGCUCUCUCACAGCAAAGCAGAGGGCCGGGAUGCAGUGGGCGCCUGGGGAGAGGGUCAGGAUAUGAUGAUGGUGCUCAAGAAGGACACUCUCAGUCUAAUGGACCCUGUGGACCGCAGCCUCAUCCAUUGUCAGCCCAUAAUCAACAUCCGUGUAUGGGGAGUGGGCUGCAACAAUGGCAGGGACUUUGCCUUUGUGGCCAGUGAUAAAGACACCUGCAUGCUCAAGUGCCAUGUGUUUCGCUGCAGUGCUCCAGCCAAGACCAUUGCAUCUGCCCUGCAUGAAAUGUGUUCCAAGAUGAUGUCAGAGAAGGCAGCUCUGCAGCCCUCUAUGGCCCGUUCUCUCACCAUGGAAAGUAUCUCCCCAGAAGACUUGCCCCGCCAGGUUGACUUUCUGGAAGCAGUGAGGCAAAAGGUGCAAAAGUUUGAGGUGGAGUACAUUGGAAACUUGCCUGUAUCCAGAGCAAUGGGAAUGGAAGUGUUAAACAGAGCUAUUGAGAGCAUCAUGCACUCCAGAGACAGAGAUGAGUGGGAGCCAAUAGUCAUCCAUGUGUCUGAUACAGUUCUGUCUUUAUGGAGAGGAGAGGAUGGAGAUGACCCAUUUUGGGAAUGCCAGGUACGAUACUUGACUUUCCUAGGUGUGGGUCAUGACACACACACUUUUGCAGUCAUAGUGGAUGCAGGAACUCAGCGCUUUGAGUGCCAUGUGUUCUGGUGUGAGCCCGAUGCUGGGAUCAUCUCUGAGGCAGUUCAGGCUGCAUGCAUGGUCCAAUACCAGAAGUGUUUAGUGGCACAGACUCCUCCGGUGAGGUCCAAAAUGUGGCGGGCAGGCUCCAAAGUCAAACGAGCUAACUCCAUGGAUAGCUCUAGCUUCCCGCCCCGACACCAAGGACACACAUCUUCUAAAAUGGCCUCUCCCAGCGUUAAAAAAGGCAUGCUGGCUUUUUUUGAGACAUUUCGAAAUAAACAUUCUGCAGUAUCCACACCCUAACAACAGUAACUCGGGGAGGUGGAUGGGGCCUGAUGGGCUUCGAGGAGGGGGUAUCAGAAGAUGGAGAGAUGAAAGGAAAGUAUAAACAUAAAGCCUAAAAAAGUUUAAGAAACAAGUUUCCUUUGCCUUUGGCAUUUUUAGAAAAAUCCAACUUAAUUUCCCCAGUAUGACCUCACAAAAAACAACCCACCUAAUUGCCCUUAAUAAGAGUGUUUUGAGGAUUAACAUAUCUGAAUGUAGGUGUGCAGAACAGUGUUUAAAUGACAUUGAGGUGCUGUGCUCUCACAUUCCAAAAAACUGACAACUCCAAACGCUCUGCAAUUAAAUGCUGUUAUACAACAGUUAGUUACUGUCCUCAAAUGUGAUUGGUAUAAGACUAAUUCACACAGCACUGACAGACAUUGUUUGUUGGGUGUUGUCUGAUUAGUGUCAUCAUCUGUUGGCAUUAGUUGCCAGUUGUUUUCAGCAGUUAAAAUUUUCAGACCAUUUGUCAGGUCAUGAAAUCUCUGAGAAUUGACAUAGUGUAAACCACAUUAUGUUCCGGCUAGCAGACACUCUGUGUGAUGUAAGUUUCAUCAUCAGCACUGUCCGCUGAUGUUUGUACACAAUGUUCAGGUGCCACCCAAUGAUUGGGUUUGUGCAGGCAUCACCACAUGUACAAGUGAUUUGAGUGCUUGAAAAAAAAUGUCUGAACACAUCCUUCGUGAUACUUUGAAAGGCUUGAGCUGGGUAGAUUAUACUUACAAAUUGUAGUCCGUUAUACUGAUUCCAAGUUACAUGACAAAAAUUGUACUUGCAACACUUUUCCACUAUCAGCAUCGUUGGAUCUGUGACACAAGACACCAAACCCGCUAGUAGCAACAGCCACCGCAGUAUCGAAAUUUAAGAAAUUUAUGAAAUUUAAAUGCGGCUUCAAAUGAUCCCAAAUGUGAAACCGCAUUUUGGAUCGUUUGAAGCGGCAUUUAAACUUCAUUUUGGGGCACCAUAUCAGUCCAUAAUAUGGAGAAAAAUCUCAAAAAACAUAAUUUCUUUAUGACUAAAGAAAGAAAGACAUGAACAUCUUGGAUGACAAGGGGGUGAGUACAUUAACUGUAAAGUUUUUGUUCUGGAAGUGGACUUCUCCCUUAAUGAAAAGCUAAUAAUUCAAUCAUAAAAAUGUAAAAUUAAAAUAAAUAAUUUUAAAAUAACAUCUAUCAAAAAACAUUUACUUAAAAAAAAAAUUAUUUGUUUACCUGCAUGUCAUGUGACCAUUAUCCAAUGGGUACUUCAGGUAAAUAUAUUAGGUAAAAGAGGUUCAGAUGAUAAAAAAAGUUUGGGAAUUACUACAUUACAUGUAAAUAAGAAAUAAGACACAUUUAUGCAUUUUAAUGUGUUUGAAAGACAAAAGCCUGGAGUCGAUUAUUUUAAAAUGUAAUUUAAUCUACUUCGAAUUUAGGGUCUGAAUGUGUAAUAUUACAUGUUAUCAGUUACAACCCAGCUCUGUCUGUGUGCAAGACGAAGCAGAACACAGAAAAUGUAUACCUGGGACUUUACCUUUUACCUUUGCUUUUCAAGCUCGCAAAUCACUUGCACAUGUGCUGUUGUUUGCACAUAACAUACUGGAGCAGAAAAAGUAUACUGCUUAAGUCAUUGAAUACUUGACUCAACUGUGUGUUGCUCAGAAGCAAUAGCCCCUUUCACACACCAAUCCCAGUAAAUUGCCCUAAAAAUUAACAGUAAAUACAGAAAUAUUAUGUCCACACAGACAACGGCGUUCUAGCUUUUUAACUGUAAGAGACCUUUCUCACAUCAGUGUCAAAAUGUCGGUAAAUUAUGUGAUGCCAAUCAUCUGAAAUCAUCUUUAGAAACCUCGCCAUUGUCUUCAUUCGCCCACAUGAUCAGAAGCACUUUUAGUUUUGUCUAUCCGAUUUGACAACAUUUUUUAAUUAAGAAUGACAGGCAUAAAGGGAUAAUCAAACAGAAUGUGUUUUUGCUCUUAUAAACCAGAGGUGCGCAUAAUAGUAUAUAACUGCAGAGCCGCAGCACUGAUGAAUGGAAAAAAACAUGUUGAAAAAGUUGCGAGACGAGACACAAUGGUCAAAGAUGUCCUUCUAGCACAUAUUUAGAUAGAAAACUAAUUUUGAGCAGCAGAGCUUUGUAACCAGCUUAGUAAUCCCGCCAUCUCCAUAAGAAUGCCACUUUGGACCUAAGCAGACCUCAUUUGUCAGUGCAUUCUACAUGCUCAUACCUGUAAACUUCAUUCUGCGUUCACACACAGCAUCAUUCCGGCAAUUUACUGGUAAUGUUACAACUUCCCUUACUGGUAAAUUGCCGGAACGCCCUGUUCUAACAUGAUCUCCUAAUGGUAAUUUACCAGUAAAGACUGUAUGUGUGAAAGGGGCUAAAGGUGGAUUCUGCAUUCAACAUUUUUCAUUGGCUAAGCAAGAAAAGUAACUGGUAAUAUUGUGUCUAAAAAUGCUAAAAAAGUUAGUCUGUUAACUUCUUAUUUAUCAAACGGUUGUAUAAAAACAAUAUCACACUUGGAGAAGAACAGCUCUACUGUUUGUGUGAUACUGUUGAAAAAUUAUCAAUUUGGGAAAGAAUAAUAAUGCAGAUCCAACAACUGUGUGAUUAAGAAACAUCUAAUAACCCUGGAUGCCAUACAACCUCAGAAUCAGAAAUGAGUCAUAUCAUCAUCUAAAAUUUUUACGACCAACAAUAGUGCAAUAAGAUGUAUAUCGCAGUUGAAUCGAAAUGUGUGAAAUAUUUUGAUAACAAGUAUUGAUGUACAGUGACCUAAUCCUUGUAUGACUAUGUAGAUGGUAGAGAGUUUCCGUUUAGGUCACAUUUGUGUUCAAAAAGUAACUUUAGCUUCAAACCUACUAGGAGUGUCCGUAUAUAUUAACAGUAAACCGUUUGUGAAAAAGGAUGCUGUUUGCUGUUCUAAUACACCUUUAAAAUCAAACGAAACUUCAAGGUCGUUACUCCAUCUUGAGCAAACAGAGCAAUUUUCACACACAACAAGAGACCUCAAUUAACAUAGUGCUAUCAGUGCAAGAAUCGUGCUUUAGAUAGACCCGGCUUGUGUCCUUAUCUUUGUUUCUGUUGUGAGCUCAGAAAUGCAGAUGAGGAGAUAUCAAGUGACCCAGAAUUGAGGCAUUGCUUGUUAUAAUCCUUCCGUGGAGUCCUCAGUUUAGUGCCACUGUUGCAUGAUUUUGCUUGGAAAUUCGAGGCUUCGCUUGGGUACUUGAGAACACAAGCAGAGGGUGUUGGAGCUUUGAAAACUAGCUAAGUAUGUACUUGGAUAAUUAAAAAAAAAGAAUUUUAAAAACACUGUAAAGGUGCAGUCACAUUUAGCAUUCUCCUGCAAAUUUUUACAAGCAAAAUACAGUCGUCUCAAUAGGAAUCCAAUUUUACGUUUGUCAUUGCAUUUACAAACAGAAAACCACGUGGUUUCAGAAGGACUUUUGUGUGAGCUUUUAUAAAUAGACAAUGGUCCGUUUUUGCCUGUGAAAUUUUGCUAAUGUAACUACACCUUAAAAAUAUAUGAUUUACUCCCAAAGGCAGUGCAGAUUUGAUAAUGACAAACCCAUAGGAAAAACUGUGGUUUUACUGCAAGAAAGCCUUGAGGCAAUAUAUUCGCAUUAAUUUGAAUGUAUUAAAGCUCUUACAAAGCACUCAACCUCAGCGCAUGUUGAUCUGAGAUGCCCACAGGCACUUGAGCACCCACACGAAUGCCACUGAAGGAAGUUAUGUGAUGCUAUAUCUAAUAUAUGCAACUGCUCCUUCCUUUCCCUUAUUAAAAAAAUAAAAUAAAAUAAAAAAAAACAUGUAUUAUAUCACAAAUUAACUCAGGUCUCCUUAAAGCUAAAACAAAGGGGAAAAGUAUAGAAGCGGACGAUUCUUCAGCAUGUAAGAUCAUUGACGAGAAGCCUUGAGAAGAGAGUUUGACUGGUAGUUUUAGUUAACGGUCAUGUAGCACCUUGUGUUUCUUAUUUUUUCCUAUUUAUACUCUCUGUAAAGAAAUCUCUCUCUAUAUAUUUGCAGUAUUUCAGCACAAAACUAGGAUGUCAUGUAAAUGGUUUUGUAUUAUUCUUUGUGUUUGUUAUUAUUGUUGAUAUUAAUCAAAAUGAUAUGCUGACCCAAAUCCACCAUUUGGUGGAGUGUGUUGGAACAUUAAACUGCUUGAAUCUC